AUGAGAGGAACAGUAUCAAUAAUUAUGAUAAUCAUUUUGUUAUUCUGUGUUGGUUUCUAUGCCUUCUACUCUACCAUCACCACUGGCUCCCUUUUACCACGACAUGUUCUUGACAGUUGGAGUAGGAGAGCUAAUCUUUUGAAUGGAAACAUUCCUUCUGCUGCUUUUUCGGUAAAACAAUCAACAGUUGAUGAGAGCAGAGAGAUCAAGUCGAGAUUAAAUUCACUUCCGUCCUCACAAUUCAAGAAGAAAAUUAUUGAGAGAGGUGAUUUAUCAGCACAUGUGUUGGAUCGUUCGAUUUAUAAUACAUUUGUGAGAUAUCAGAGUGGUAGUCAUUCAGAUUCAGAGCACGAGAGGAAGGAAAAUGAUGGUGGAUCGGAUUCGAUUGUGAUUUCAUCAUUUGUGCCCAUGAUGAAUGGUUAUGAGAGGUUGAUCUUGUCUGAAUGCAAAAAUAUCGAUCGGGUGAAUGGUGACGACAGUUUGACUUCGAGACAUGUCUGCUAUGUGACCUCAAAUUUGAAAAAGGAAGGAAAUGACAAUUUGGCAUGUGUCAUUUUAAGAGAGAAAGGCCUUUUUACCGUAGACAUUCACAAUGAUAUGGAUUCAUGUUGGAAAGGAGGAAAGGAUUCAAAUGGAAGCAUUAGAAUUUCAUAUUUUGGAGAGGGAUCAUUCUCAUCCCUUUUGAUUUCAAUGUUUUCAGUGUUUGUUGUAUUGACCUUUGGAGGGGUGAUGAUUUUCAUGGCAGGAUUUUCAAUAUUUCUAUAUGUCUUUUUGAGAAUUAACUUGUUUGAUUUCAAAAUUGAUCAAAGUUAA